AUGAUAACACCGUGUUUUUUCAGCCAAGUCUACCACGAUCUCCUCCGAUCCGAGGAGGAAUUUGUUGGUGAGCUCCGGGCGGCCGUCGAUCACUAUGUUCGGGCUCUCGAUUCGCCAUCCGUACCGGAAGCCAUCAGAGCCAACCGUGAGCAGUUAUCGCUCAACCUGGCCGAGCUGUACAACUUCCACGCCAACGUGAUGCUAAAAGGUCUCCAAUACUACGGCGACGAUCCCGGCAAGGUCGGACAGACGUUCGUCCGUCUCGAAGGGGACUUUGAUCAUCAUGUCCAGUUCUACAAACAACUCCCGCAGGCGCUUGACCUCCUUGAAGUCGAGCCAUAUGCUUCAUUCUUUCAGAAACUGUCCGAUCGCUCCGAGGCUGGUAGCCGCUCUUUUGCCGAUCAUCUGGCAGCCGUGGCUGAUCGGAUGACGCACUAUCAGAAUUAUUUCCGGGAAUUCGUGAAAUACUCCUCGCGACUCGGCGUCUCCACCAAGGGCAUGCAGAGGGCGCUCGAACUCUGUCUCUCCGUCCCCCAGAGAGUAUCAGACCUCGACUUCCUGGAGAACAUCACCGGCUACCCUGGCGACCCGCUGAAGCUCGGACGAAUUAUACGACACGACUCAUUCCUUGUUUCCGAGGGCGACGAAACGACAACCGAGCGGCGGCACGCCUUCCUCUUCCGGAAUAAGCUGAUGCUCACCACGAAAAUCGAAGGAUCACCAACGAAAUAUGAGCAUAUCGCAUCGUUGAGGCUCGACAAGUAUACGGCCCGGAAGUACGGUGCUGAUGAGGAUACGAUUCACUUUAAGCCCUCCGAGUUGGGGUUGCCGACAUUUAGGCUCAAAUCGGAGGACCCAGGCGGCGAGUACGUCGUGAAGGCGUGGCUCAAGGAUGUGGAGCUCGACCGCGAGGAGUACGUCUCAUCGCGUGGGCAUAUCCGACCGCUGGAGACACCCGUCCACAGGAACCGCGCG